AUGCCCUCACCAUUCUUGGUCAGAGCCUUCUAGGAGACAGACUAGACAGAGCCAUGACUCCUAGGGCUUGUCAUCUUCUACCUACUGUGCCUACUUCUCACAUGCUUCUCAUCCCAGAGUUACAAACUACAGACUGGACACUUUCCGUGCCAAGUAGUGUUAGUCUAUUGUGCUGAAUAUAUCAUUGAAGUGGCUGCAAUGAAUUGGAGAUUGUUUGCAAAAUAUCAGUAUUUUGAUUUCCCGGGGAUGUUCAUUUCUAUCAUGUUCUCAGCAUCACUGCUGUUCAAUGCCAUGGUCAUGGUGAUUAUGUGGGUACAGAAGACUUUGAAUGUGAUGUCUGACCUAAAGAACUUGCAAGAAAAAAGAAAGAAGAAAAGAAAAAGAAUCCCUCACUGUUGCUAUGGACAUUGUUUUUCCACUGACUUGGUUGUUUCCAGUUGUAAGCUGCACAUGGCCCAGAUGUCCUCUGUCAGCUGACUCAUGGUUUGGAAAAUUAUUUUAUAUUUUACACCCGCAAAGAUUGAGGCCUCACUAAAGCUGUAUCUUAAAAGAACUAACGAUGUCACCUGGACCCACAUUUGCAUGGUGGGAGCUCUCUGGUUCAGUCACAGGAAGAGUUCCACACAGCUUUUCACAAUUUGCUGGUAGACCUUAUUAUAUAACUAAAGGUCACUCAAUUUUGAGUGUGGAAACUGAGAAACAAACAGUGCCAUCCUGCUGUGGCACCACUACCUGCUCACUCUUCUGUUUCUAGCCUGUAGCGGUCGCUCUCAGGAUGAUUUUGUUCCCCAGAGACUUUGGUGACAUUUGUAACCACAGAUGGGCAUGGCACUUGUAUCUGUUGGGUAGAGAUUAGGAUGCUGAAAUCCUACAGGGCACAGGAGAGUCCCAUCAUGGAGUAUUCUGUAUAGAAUGUCAGCAGUACCCAGGCUGAGGGAACUGUGGGACAGGUCUGGAAAAGAAUGCAGUAUAUCAGUUCCCAUGUAGCUAAGUCCUCUAAAGAAUCAAGUUGGGGCUAUGCCACUGAAAAUGUUUUGUUUGAAAAUACUAGGCUAGCAUGGAAGCUGUAAAGUCAAGACUCCAUGGAAAAUAGUAUGUCAAAUGAACCAUUUGGUUUUGUUUUUUUCUGGGUACAAAAUUAUAAAUACUUGCACACUCAGCAAAUGACUUAGUUGUUUCUGCACAGACUGUGACAAGUGCAGACCAAUACUUCCUGAGUGUCACAUCUUGUGCAGUUGGGGGUUGGAGAGCACAGAAAAGGGCAUAUUGCUUCUGUUUUCUCAGAUAUCCCUAGUUUCUAUGGAAUCUAGAGCAAUAAAUCUCCAGAAAUUACAAAUUACUGGAGACUCAGACU